UACGAUUGACAGCUGUUGAUGUUGAAAAGUUGCCAAUCCAUCACUGUCAUUCAAUAAAUAUUAUGUUUUUUCUGAUUUUUAGUAAUAAAGCUGAGAACCGGUAAAUUAAGCCUAUAGUUUUGUUAAAUCUAAAGCUAUAAUGGCACACAAAGAGGACGACGACUCCUUUCAAGAGGGCGACGUUUAUAUUAACCCAGAAGAUGGAAUGCCUAAUAUUCACCCCAAUAUCGCCAAUUUAGAACAAGAAAACGACACCCAGGAGGAGGUUGACGAGUUCGAUGAUUUACCCAAGUCUGUUAUAGUGACGAAUAUCCAUAGCGCUAUAUUCGCUGACGAGAAGCUGAAAAAAGAAAUGGAAGAUUUGUUUCGUACUUUCUCAGACAACAUAACGUUUCAGUGGCUCCGUAGUUUCAAACGUUUACGUGUGAAUUAUGACAAUCCGCUAGCAGCGGCUAAUGCUCGCGUGCAACUACACCAGUAUCAGUUCCAUAACUCAUGCAUCAAUUGUUACUUCGCGCAACCCGUGACGCCGGUUUCGUUGAAAAAUCUCCGACCGCCUGCGCCUGUCAAACAAUUCUUGAUCUCUCCACCGUCUAGUCCUCCAGUGGGAUGGGAGCCCCGUGAAGAGGGUGAACCUAUAGUGAAUCAUGAUCUUUUGGCAGCGCUGGCUAGCCUGGCUCCAGGAGAAAGUCAUGAACUCCAUGCACCCACACCUACUCAACCUGCUAUUGUUGUGCACACUGCCAUAUCAGAUACAUCAGCAUCACCACUCACCCAAAAAAUUCCUCAUACCCGUUGUCCCGAUUAUUGAUACACAUGCCUUUUAAAUUACUUAGCAACUUUAUAUUUUAGAGUAGUCAUAUGAAUACUUUUAAUGGUUACAUGAAAAUAUGCAUAUGUGAAGCCAAAGAGGUAACAUUGUUCAGCUUAAAAUAGAUGAGUAACAGAAAACUGAAUAGUUUAUGGCAAUAGGAAGAUAAAAAUUGUAGCUUUGCUGAUUAAAUUUAACAAUACACAUAAAGAGGUGAAUUGGUGCUACAUUUUAUUAAAGAAACAUAAGGUUUGUUGCGUUAUUACACUAGUAAUAUAUUUAUCAUUCAUUUAGCAGCAUUGAUACGAAUUUUGACACGUCAUUGAAAAAAUUAAGGUUUAAGUCUAUGUUGAAAUUUUUUAGUAAAUAUACAAAAUUGACAAUAGUUGGAAACAUAUCAGUCUUUGUGACUUCUCAACUAUUUCACUAACCCCAUAGUAUUAUUGUAAGGUGGUUGCUCAAAAAGGUCUUAGGAUCAAAUACUCUUAAUUAUUGUCUCUUUACUGCAAAACACCACCAUGUGCAUAGAGAAUAACAAUAAAUAUUGUUUAUUAUUUUCUCCCAACAUGUAGCAUUUAACUGUUUAUGAUGCAGCACCAUCCAUGAAAUGGUAAUUUAUUUUAAGAAAUAUUUAUAUGUUUACAUUAUGAAUAUGUAAUUGUUGUGAUGUAAAGUGUUGUUUAUUCUAUUUAAAUAUUCAUUACUUAAUUUGACAACAAGAUGAUGUAUUAUCCUCGCAUUUUGUCCUCUGCAAACUGACAUUAGAUUUAAAAAAUUGUUCAUACCUUAUCAGUUGUUACAUUUAUUUUUUAAUUAAAUCAUAUUCUUAUAUUGUAAAACUUUGUCUGAUUGGUGUAAACAGAAAACGACUUAGCAGUUUCAUGUAUUUUUUUUACAUCUCUGGUUGAAUUAUUAGGACAAUUAGGCGAUGUAUUAAAUCGGUAGGCUUAGAGAUUUAGUAUUUUGUGAUAUUUAUAUAUAAAUGAAAAUGCCACAUAAUAUUUUGUAAAUAAUAAAUUAUUUUUACAACAGGCAAAAUUAGGAAGUAGAUAACAACGAUUUUGGUUUAUUUAUUGUGAAACUAUAGUAUUUUGUUUCUAUUUCUUAUUAUUUAAAAUUAAUGAAUAGCAGACCAUCUACUGAUGUUCACCAGAAAUAUAUUAUUGGUUUAUAGAUUUCAAUUUCAUAAAUAAUAUUAGUAAAGAGCUAAUUGCUUAAUAAUAUUUCAGACCUUUCAUUUACAAUAAAAGUUGCUUACUGUGUAAGUAGGUGUGUGCUCCAAGUUUACACUUGUUUAAUAUUACUUCCUGACAAAAAUCUCAACUGUGGAAAAUUCAAGUCAAUAUUUAGGUAUGUGCAAGUAAAUAUUCUAUGAAUGUCCAUUGUUAAAUUACAUAUACACUAAUGAAACUGCACUUUCAGGUUUUGAACAUAAGUAACAAAUUUGCUGUAAUGUAACAAGCUGCUUAAUUUUUCAUUAUAAAAUUGUGCAGAUAAUAUUGUUGCUGACCUUAGAUAAUUGCUAGGAAUACUGUAACUAUCCAAAUUACUCAGUAUACUCCCGUUAAUCAAAAUUCAAACGAAAUUGAAAUGUAAUUCUCAAAUUUUAAUAUUAUUAGAUGUAGUUUUUAUAAGUGAUUUACAAAGUACAUAAAAAGUCGUUUUAUAUAAAUACAAAAAUGUAUCAAAAAUAAUGAUUUAUGGUGACACCAUUAUGAAAGUUCCUUUAUUUAAGUUUAUAUUUUUUUAUAAAUUGUUAUUGUAAAUACAUCUUUGUUAAAGCGGCCAAUUCGAAUCUUAUAAAUAUUAAAUCUUUUUUUUUCUAUUUGCUAUGUGCUAUAAAAUUUUAUACACUUAUAUUUGGUAGCACUAUCCGAGAAAUGUUAUGUUCAUAAUAAUUUUCAUGCUACUUACUUCACUUACUAAGUAAUCUGUAAUUUCACAAAAAUCUAAAUGUGUGUAUCUAUCUCAAUGGUGUAACACCCUUACUUGUACAAAAUAUUCGGUGUUUUGGAUCUUAAGACCACACAGUACUCAUACUUACCUUUUAUCUAUUAAUACUAAAUGUUUAUACAUCGAUGUACCAUGUGUUGAUGUGAUGUUUUUAAUCUUGCUGUGAUUUCCAUUGUUUGGUGUAAAUAUAAAAUUAUAUUGAGUUUUA